GACACUUGUCAACUAUUAUCAAAAGCAUGCAAUAAAAAUGAACACAAGUUAUUCCUUUCUGUUUUUUUGUGAAAGUUAGUAUAAAUCUUCGCAAUGGAUUUCUCAAAGAUAGCAGCAGAAGUUUGCAAAAAUAUUUGCAACAACCCAGAGUCUGCAAUGCAGUUCACAAGGGAUGUUAUCGUUCGUUCUCGCAGUGAGAAAAUUGAAAGUUUUUUAAAACAAUUAACUACAAAUCAUGAAAAUACCAAAACAGUUAUUAAGGAAAUUGUGGUCUACCAUACAGAGUCGAAGACAAAUCAAACUGUAUUUCGGGAAGUUACCUUUUUCAUUAUUGAGCUAUUUUCAUCAGUUAUUAUAAAAAAAAACUUGAAAAAGUAUCUUCACGACCUUCUCACAGAAUACCACCUGACCAAUGAAAUUAUUAAAGAAGCUGCUGAUUGCAUUUUUAAAAAAGCUGCACAUGAAAAUAUCUGUGAUUUGAAGGAAUGUCUUGAAUUUUUAAACUUCACAGGGAUAAUGCAAACUUCACCUACUUACGAUUUAGAGGAAAAUAUCAAGCCGUUAGUUCCUUUAUAUACAGUUUUGUACCGAGGAUUUGUUCAGUAUGCAAAGUGGCUGGAAUCUCUGGAGCCUCCAGAUGAUGGAAUUGCGGAGCUGUUUGAAAUGAUGCAUGAAGUACUAAAACAGCUUCUAUCAAUUUUCACAAAAGAUUCUCUUGCGAAUAAAUUAAAGAAGCAGUACAUCAAUAAAUUGAUGACAUACUCUUAUCUGCUUCUUGAUAAUGCAAAGACGCCCUUCGAGCUAAGAUCGACAAUAUGUCUUUUUUUUCUGUUCUCGUACCGGGUGAGCCAAGGCACUCAACUAAGCAUGGCCCAAUUGAUAAAUGGAGAAAGGUCACCAUUUUCUAUAUCACUUGAAAAUUCAGAGGCACCGAAAGAUUUUGAUAUAGUACUGUAUUGUUCGAUUCUUGAUCUUCUCCCAGAAGAAAAACUGAUAACUGAACGAAUAGGUGGAAAACCAGUUAUAUGUUCUUUAUUUGAAGGAAUACUUGAAAAUUCAGAGAUGUUGACGAUCAGAAAUUUAGAAGAUGAGAAAGUCAUAACAAGCGUCAGUCGGAAGCUGUGUCAAGCGACCAAGCAUUUGAAGGGAGUUGCUAUAGAUUUAAUUCCUCCCUUACUAAAAGAAGGUUUUCGUUAUGUUCUCCUUCAUGCUGAUCGUUGUACGGAUAUGGUAAAAACUGUUAUAAAAAUGUUUUUUGCGGAAUUGGUUGGUUUAGCAGCAUAUCACUUUCACAAAGGUGUUACUGAACUGACUACUUUUAUGAUGAACUUAAUCAAUCACAUUCCUGAUCAGUGUAACAUGAAUUUCUGGACAUAUGAAUUAAUUGCAAAGUAUUAUGGGCCUGAGUUUUUGCUGGAGAAGUUUGACGAAUUGCCAAUACGUUUAUUGAAAAUGUUUCUGGAAAACCCAAAUUUAAGGCUUCAGAUAUCGAAGACUUACCGGUUCCUUGUAGAAACAUGCUACACCACAGCGAGCAAGGAAGCUGAACUUGAAUGGGCCGAAACGUGGGUUCUUCCCGCUGGCACUAUCAUGAGAGCGAAGAUUGAUGGCGAAAUGAGCGAAUUCUUUUGCAAUUCCAUCUUAGGCUCGGCAUUUAACUUGCAACCUGCAGUAUUAAGAAUGAUUUAUCCAAAUGACUUUAUCGGAACCGAAGGCGAUGGCAAACUUUUGCUGACUUGUUUAAAUGAAGCCAGAAAACACGGGAUUGAAUUAUCUUACCAGGAAAAAGACUCAAAGUUCUAUUGGAGAGGCUUAAUAGAUAAACAGAAAAUGGAAAUGUAUAUGAUUCAUCAAAACUCACAGAUAAGAUUAUUAGUUUUAGCUGCAGUAGCUAACAGCUUGAAAUCUACUGAACUCUUCUCAGAUUGGGAAUUAAUAUACUUAAUGAAUUACAUCAAAUUUAACAUAACUGUAGAAGGCCCUUCUGAUAGAAAGAUAUUAAUCGGUUUCUACAAAAAGAUUUUGGUCAGAUUUGAUGCAGGUAUAAAAGUGAUUGAAAGAAAUAUAGCCAAUGUAACGAAGUACAUUACUAUGUUUGGUAAAAACAACACACCGCAGUCCAAAAAAUCAAAAACCGUGCUGGUGUUUUAUAGCGAAUUGAAAAAAAAGUACAGAAGAUUUAUUGAUAAUUUGAUGAAAUUUCUUAUCGGAAAUCUGUCUUCCGAUUCAAAUUUUCCAAGGCGAAACAAUUCUCUAGAACUGCUACUGGUCAUUUGCAACAUAAUACCACACCAGGAAUGGAUAACUUAUUGGACCGCAGAUGAUGUUAAAAAUAGCCAUAACAUUUUAUUCGAUACCUAUGAAAGUAAUAAACGAAUGAUCGUUACACUCUUCAAAACAUUACCCCCAGAAUAUUUGGGAUUUAUGAAUACGGGAUUCACAUUUAGGUAUAUGCAGCGAUCUAUCGCCCUAUCUUUAGACGUAAAGCCAAGCAAAACAAUGUCUGCAGCUUAUUUGCUUGAACUCUGUUCUUGCUCGCCUCAUUUCUAUGAAAUUGUUCGCGGAGAUCGUACAGACAACGACGAAAUGCAUGAACCCACGUUGGAGAUGAUAGACUUGUUGACAAAGAAGUUUUUGAUCGAAAGCACGAAUAUUAAAGUCGAAAAUAUCGGCGUGACAAAAACAGCCGUGUAUGGAUUAAUAUUGAGCAUUCGACAUUUACUUGAAAAGAGCGAUAUUCAGCAACACCACCAGAGAUACGCACAGGUGUUUAAUGAUUUAGCACCAGCUUGUAUCAACAUUAGCGAAACACUAUUGCCUAUUGUAUGUAAUCCGUCCCCAGAAGGAUAUUUGCCUGACAAUGUGGAGGAUAUUGGUGUACAUGAUGAUACACCCAAUGCUCAAAUAGUUUUAGUAUACGCUUGGAGGACUAUCAAAGAAAUUACUUUACUAUUGGCAGAACUUUUGAAGCAAUCUGUUCGGCUGGAAAGUUUCCAAAUAACUCUACUUCCGACGGCAUCGUUAAUUGAAAUUGCACAACUCUUCAUCGACAUUUUUCUGCAAAGUAAGCACAGAGGAGUGUUCGAGCAAGCAUAUGUUGGUUUCAGUAUUGUAUGCGAGUCUUUUUGGAAAUCCACAAAUAAAGAGAUAGCUAAUUUACCCAAGAAAUGGCUUCGCGAUGCUGUUGACUUAUGUAUUGGAAAAAAACAUUCCGACGAUUUGUGUUCUACUAGAAGAAGUGCAGGACUGCCCUUUUUGAUACUCUCGGUCCUGACCACGGAUGGAGCUCCAUAUAAUUUUCGCAACACUAUUGACGAUCUGCUCAAAAGCGCAGAAGAUUCUGAUAAAUCUAGCGACGAAACCAGAACGCACUGUUUGAACGUACUUAGAGCUAUAUUUCGAGAUAGUAAAAUGAGCGAACGUGCAUUACCAUAUGUGGCUGCAGGAGUGAUUCUUGCUAUAUCCGGGUUCAAGAGUCCUAUCUGGGGAAUACGAAAUUCGUCUACAUUACUAUUUGCAGCACUUAUGACUCGGAUGUUUGGGGUGCAACGAAGCUCAGACUCCGAUAACAUGUCCAUUAAAAAUAAACUAACAGUUCAAGUAUUCUUUAUGCGACACCAACAGCUGUACAAGUUCAUGCUUAACAGUUUAGCUGAAGAAUGCAACAAUAAAUCUAGUUUGAUUUUGCAACCAAUUCUGAUGAUUCUGUCUAGGCUAUAUCCUUCUAGUUUUGAGGAGCGACCAGAGACGGUAUCUGAUCUUCUGCCUCACAUUGAAGUCUGCUUGAAAAAUCCAGUAUACAGAAUAAGGGAAGCGGCAGCCAAUGCUUCAGUGGCACUAAUCAGGGUUGAAGACAUUAAAACAUAUUUUGAUAAAUGUUUUGACAGAAUUGCCAAUCGGAAAAUCGCUGAUAACGAAUGCCAUGGUAUUUUACUGCAGAUGAAAAGCAUUUUGAAUAAAAUCAAAGUAACAGACUUGCCAUUGUCGCGCUAUAUUGAACAGAGCUGUUACAUUUGGGAAAGUGAGGAAAGGCACUUUAGUCACAUGACUAUUAAUCUUUAUACGGAGUUGGUGACUACUUUCUUAUAUCAAUUGAAACAAUUCGAUGAUGUAUAUUGGCUCAAGCAGAUCCUUCUUUAUCUUUCCAAGACUAUGACGAACCAACCCCGAGUCGCGUCUCCAUUUACUUCUCAGGAAAAUUUUGGUCGAACUCGCCUUCUGCUCGCUUAUUUGAUUAUGAUAAACAAAGUUGAAGAGACCGAUAGCACAUAUUCAACUAUAGCCAUUGAGAUCAUGGCAAUUUUGUACGCUCCACAUUGCAGACUGAAGGAAACCUGUUUGCAGUUCCUAAUCUGUUUAAAUCAAGUUUAUGAAUACAAUAACGAGAUGGACAUGUCAAUUUGCGCCUUACCAUGGCCUCGAUAUUCCCACUUAAAACUAGGUGAGGAACAUAAACCAGAUAUUGAAGGACAUCCUCUAUUUAGAAUGGGAUAUGUACAAAUAGAUAGUGAGAUUAGAAAGCUAGUUUAUUCGUUUCGACAUUCAUCAAUUAAAAAGCUUCUUAAAUACACACAUUCGUAUGUCAAAAGUUUCUUAGCACAAGAGCUGAAGAGGCCACAUUAUAUUCGCGAAGAUGACAGGGUAUUGCUAUUUCUCCUUGCAGCGUAUUAUCCAUGCGCUAUUAAAAUGUUGAAAUUAAAUAGGCAAGAAACUUUAAAUACCCUUGUAAAUUUCUGCAAUUGUGAUAACGAAGAAAUGAUCAGUGCUGUGAUAAGUUGUAUAAGUUCAUAUUUAAGCGAACUGGAUUAUAUCUUAUAUUACGGGUAUGACGAACUACUGAAAGUACUGACUAAUUCAGCUUCUCCUGCAGCAGCUGUUCACCGAAGGUUAGCUGUCUGUGAAUUUCUAUGUGAUAAUUAUUUCUUAUAUUGUAAUCGCGAUGCAAUUUUGAAAAGCGACCAGUUGUGUACUAUUCUAAACAUUGUGAUGGUUUUACUAGAAGAUGAUAACGUUAACAUCCGAGAAGGCAUGAGUAAAUUUGAAUAUAAUAUACGAGUAAGAAUUAAGAUAUCCGAAUCCGUGGAUGAUACCAUACCAGGUUUUGAAUGGCCAGUGAGUCCUGAAAAGGCAAGAGAAGACUUGGUUAACUUAAUGACCGUGUUUCUGCCGCAAGAACAAGCUGUCUGCCAAAUAUUUUCUUGGGCUUGUCGAUACUUUCCAGAUUAUUAUGCAGAAUCAUGCGAAAUUUUUGAAAGGGGAGGAUUGAAUCAAUUUGCCGAAAAUACUCCCUUAGUCGACUUAUGUUCAAAAGUUCUGAUCAAAAUUUUGUGGAAACUACCCGACGGUCUCUCCUAUGACGAUAGGUCUAUAUUUCUCGAAGAGCAAACGCUAAUAGUUACUGUAACACUUCUCAAUUCCCUCUUAAGAUACGAUUCGCCGAUGAUGUUGCCUAAAACGAAAAUGACUGUGUUAUGUGCGUUAAGAAUGCUCUAUGACUUUCUGGAUGAAACGGAAAUCGGUACAAAUUUUGUAGAAAAUUUUAAAACGUACUUCAAUGAAACUACUUUAAGUUACUUGACUAAAACCUUACAGCUCGGAGACCAUUUUUGCGUUACAAAACUAUUUAAACAAUUGUACGAUCCACUGUUCCGACAGCGAAGAUGAAAAUACACCACCGUCUAAGGGAGACGGUGCUUUAAAUUGAAUGAAAUCGUAGUAUUAGGUUUGAUUCCUACGUUCUCCUUGUUUUGUAGUUUUUGUAUUAAUGUAAACCCUUUGUACAACUCUUUAUGUAACUACUUCAUUAAGGUAGAAAUUAAUAGAUUUUUAUUCUCUUG